GUGUACAAGUGCACGAUCCCUCUUGCUACCGGAGGCGACAACCCAGCGCACAAACCUGGCGAGCGGGGCACCCAAACCGAACGGUAUCUUCUGUGAAAAAGGGCGUGCGGGGGUGGAUCCAAAGCAAUGUCUGAACGAAAAACGGAGGGUAAGGACCACAUGGAGGAUGGUGAUGAGGACCUAGAGGACCCGGAUCUGAAGGUUAUCCUCCUGGGAGACUCUGCCGUGGGGAAGUCAAAGCUAGUGGAGCGGUACCUGAUGGACGAAUACAACCCCCGGCAGCUGUCUACAUUCGCGCUGACGUUAUUCCGGAAGAAUGCUAAGCUGGAUGACGGCGUCGAGGUCAAAGUUGAUUUCUGGGACACCGCGGGACAGGAACGGUUUAGCAGCAUGCACCCUUCGUACUACUACCGGGCGCACGCUUGCAUCAUGGUUUUCGACGUGACUCGAAAGGCGACGUACAAGAACCUUUCGGACUGGUACGGGGAGCUGCGGCAGUACUCGGAGAGCAUCCCUUGCCUGCUUAUCGCCAACAAGAUAGAUGUUGACUACCAGGUGACGAAGAAGAGCUUCAAGUUCGCCCAGCAGCACGAUCUCCCUUUUUUCUUCGUCUCCGCGGCCGACGGGACGAACGUGGUGAAGGCCUUCGACGAGGCCGUCAAGGCCGGCAUGGAGUUCAAGAAGAACGGAGGCGACUUCGUGGACGAGGCACUGUCCCUAUUAGAGGGAAAGUAAACUGCUGCUGUGGUAUAGAGGGUCGCGUUUUUAGCGAGCUUGGUGGUUCUCGGCUUGUUGUUUGAGAGUUCCGUGUCGGUCCCCCUUCCUGUC